UUAUCAUCACCAUCUCCCCCAUCAUCAUCCCACGCAACCUGAAUCAACAAAUCAUUUUCCCUUCCGUUUCCAAUUGAAUCUUGCAAGAAAAUUUUCUAUCUUCCCUGGUUAAAAAGGAAACUGCACUCCAUGCUCUCUUGAUCUCUGACAAAAGAUGCCAUCUCCCACCACCACGUCUCUCUCAGUAACGCAGACAAUCAACGGUUCGCAUAAUUUUACCAUCAAGGGAUAUUCUUUGGCCAAGGGCAUUGGCGUCGGCAAACACAUCGCCAGCGAUACCUUCUCCGUCGGCGGUUACCAGUGGGCUAUCUACUUCUACCCCGACGGCAAGAAUCCGGAAGACAACUCUGCUUAUGUCUCCGUCUUCAUCGCGCUCGCCAGUGAUGGCACCGACGUUAGGGCUCUAUUCGAACUCUCUUUGCUCGACCAGAGCGGGAAGGGCAAGCACAAGGUCCAUAGCCACUUCGAUCGCGCCCUAGAGAGCGGUCCGUACACCCUCAAGUAUCGCGGCAGCAUGUGGGGCUACAAGCGGUUUUUCAGACGUGCAAUGCUGGAAACAUCAGAUUUCCUCAAGAAUGACUGUCUGAAAAUUAACUGCACUGUUGGAGUUGUGGUCUCAGCAACAGAUUGCCCCAGAUUGCACCCAAUACAUGUACCUGAAUCAGAUAUUGGUUCACAUUUUGGGAUGCUAUUGGAGAAUGAGGAAGGCUCAGAUAUUACUUUUAAUGUGUCAGGGGAAAAGUUUCAUGCUCACAAACUAGUAUUGGCUGCUCGAUCUCCUGUAUUUGAAGAUGAAUUUUUUGAUGGAACAGAAGAAGAUAACAAUGAAAUUUUUGUUGCAGAUAUGGAGCCUAGGGUCUUCAAGGCUUUGUUGCACUUCAUUUACAGAGAUAAUAUCAUUGAAGACGAGGAGUUCUCAGCAACUAGUUCAACAUGCAUGCCGUCUAUAUCUGACACAUUAGCAGCUAAGUUGUUAGCUGCGGCAGACAAAUAUGACUUGCCGAGAUUAAGACUGAUGUGUGAGUCUGCACUAUGCAAGGAUAUAUCUGUCAACUCGGUUGCAAAUAUCUUGGCUCUGGCUGAUCGUUAUCGUGCUAUGGAUCUAAAAUCUGUUUGCCUAAAAUUUGCUGCUGAAAAUCUUGUAGGUAUGUUCUUAUAAAAAAUUUGUGUUCUC